CCCUUUUCACCGGCGUUCAAUCGUGAAGCGGAUUGCCCGUGCAGCCUUGCUAUGUGGCGCAUGAGUAUGCACGCAGGGACCGAACGGCUGCGGUUGUGAUUUUUCACACCUACAAACGUACACCCGGAAGGCUCCGAGGACAGGAUUUUCCACUGAGGGGACUUUUACAACCGCGAGGAGCGGAGAGGGAGACGGGAGCUCCGGCUGGAGGAAGGCGGCAGCGAAAUCCAACCGACGCCGCACGCAGAAAUGGCGGAGCACCACGCAGCCAGCGACGGCAAGCACAAAGCGUCCAGCAAUUCCGGGAGCUCGGUGCACGGGAGCAGCCGCCUGGGCGCCGGAGGUGGAGGAGGGGGCAAAGGAGGCCUGUCUGGCGGGCUGACACAGCCAGCUGGGUGGCAGUCUUUACUCUCGUUUAGCAUUCUCUUUCUGGCCUGCCUGGCAGGAUUCAGCUCCAGACUUUUUGCGGUGAUCCGGUUCGAGAGCAUCAUCCACGAGUUUGAUCCAUGGUUCAACUACAGAUCAACUCACCAUCUCACCACCAAUGGCUUCUUUGAGUUUCUCAACUGGUUUGAUGAACGGGCCUGGUACCCUCUGGGAAGAAUUGUUGGCGGCACAGUAUAUCCAGGACUAAUGGUGACCGCGGGCCUUAUCCAUUACGUGCUCAACCUUCUUCACGUCACGGUCCACAUCCGGGACGUGUGCGUGUUCCUGGCGCCGGUGUUCAGCGGCCUGACCGCCAUCUCCACCUUCCUGCUGACGCGGGAGCUGUGGAACCAGGGCGCAGGGCUCCUGGCGGCCUGCUUCAUCGCAAUCGUCCCCGGCUACAUCUCUCGCUCUGUGGCAGGCUCCUUCGACAAUGAGGGCAUCGCCAUCUUUGCGCUGCAGUUCACCUACUAUCUCUGGGUGAAGUCUGUGAAGACGGGCUCAGUAUUCUGGACAAUUGGCUGCUGUCUGUCCUACUUCUACAUGGUAAGAACAGCUCUCCUACAACCACUUAUAAAAGUCGACUACACAAAGACUUGUUUAGACAGACUAAAGGUCAGGUUUGUCCAUAGAUUAAGGGCUUCUGAGGAAGCUUUGGCAGUUUGAAGCCAAUACUAUUUUCUAAAGUUAUUAUAUCUGAGGAAGAAGUUCCGCUCAUUUGUUUAAUGGCAAGUUUUUGUUUUGGAAAAACUAAGUAACGAAAUAUUUUAAUCAUUACACUUUCAGGUAAACCGAUUAAUUUAAUUCAGCUAAAUUUACCUAAGAGAAAUAAAAAUGAGCCUAAAUUAGAGCGUAAACUCUGGUUUGACUUUUUUAAUUUUCCAGAUUUUUUUGUUUGUACUGAGUCAAAAGUGUCACAACACAACAUGCAGAUCACAUCUCCAUCCACAUACAGAGGGGGUCUGAUGUAAACCUUUUCAUGCCAGGGUUGAGUGGUAGUAGCGUUAUAAGUCAUGCCAGGGUAUUCCUUAAAGGGACAUUAUGGAAGUUUGACAGC